AUGGCCAAGUUCCUCGAUUGUGUCAAGAUAGUAGCUAAGAAUCAACUGUGGAUUUCUGUUAGAAUGCCAGACUCGGAUCCACAUAAUUCGGCCAGAGAAUGGCUCAAUACCCGUGUGCAGCCCCAGACCAAACUUGAGCCAUUUAUCAUGCUGGUCGACUGCAAACAGGUCAUUUAUGCCCACGGCCCAGAAUCGCCUUCUUCGAAGGCGACGUGCCUUAUGCUCGCGGACAAGACCAGUAUGAGCUUGCUGGCGGGUCCGGUGAAGGCCCAUUGCUUGGCAGAUUUCGAGAAAUUUGCUCAAGGACAAUCUGACGGUCGGUUUGGCGUGCUUUCCACAUGCGCAGAAUAUGUGGUGCAAUUAGCUCCAACGGAGCUGCAUGAAGAUCAGAACACUGGGAGGAAAGUUAUAGUGAAAGUGUGGCUGCUCACGAGUGUUGAUAUUUAUAAUGUGACUGAGCCACAGGACUCAUAUCGAAUGGGUGGUGUUCCACUUGCCAGGAACACUGAUAUCGAAUGGGUGGUGUUCCGCUUGCUAUGCAACUGGCAGCCGGCGAUAAUGACUCAAAUUGGUUUUAGAGUCGCAUACUCAGACCAGGGACUGGAGAGUUGCAUACUCGGACUGGGGACUGGAAUCAUCUCCUCCACCUCCACCAAUGGGCAAGUCAUUUACUUCAAAUCCACAAUUGUAUCCUCGACUAAUGGCCCCCAGUUAGCUAUAUGGAUCAUCCAACAUUCAGGCUCGCAAGGAAUUAGCACCCUUUUGUUCCAAGUAGUCCUAUCAACCACUUCUAGCUCCUCGAUAAGAGUGUUAAGCAAGAUUCGCAGUUGCAUCAACUCUGACCAAAGUGUUCUGGCGACUCAUGUCAUCUGCAAACCUCCCAAUGUGUUCUCUGCGUGUGUUACGGUCAUGUAUGACCUUGUUCUGGCGCUCGUGUAUGACCUGACUGCAAUGGCAGAGUACGAGAUCGUUUCUCAAUUCACUGAGGACGCCUACGCCAAAGAGGAUCACAUCUGUGACCGUCCUGUUUGCAGGGCCAAGAUCAGGAAAGGUGACCCAUGUUUCUAUGUGGCUACCAUCGAGCCAGGACAACCUGGGCGUAAUGUGUGUGCCCCCUGCUACUCACAUUACAAGAAGAACCCAGCGACCUCAGUGAGACCCACUCGCCGAGCCGAGCAGCUGCAUCCAUUUGCCAGUGCGCAGGGUUCAAUUAACGACUGGGUCGCUCCUGAUAUGCAUGCAAUUCAACAGUCGGUGAAUGCAGCACAACGGAAAUUAAUGAUCAACCCUCCGCCUGUGGUGGCAAUGCCUCAUCGCACUGCAGGGCCAGACAUCAUGAUACCUACAUCGUGGCAAGGCUCAUCAUGGCAAGGCUCAUCACAAGGCUCAUCAUGGCAAGGCUCAUCACAGUCAACUGGUCCACCGUGGCCUGGGCAAGGUUCAUCAAAUGGUCCAAUUGGAUACUCGUCUCAACAUGCACUAUAUGCUACUGAGCGCAAACGCUGGGCCAAGAUAUCUUAUGCCACACCUCCAGCAGAGACCAUCUUAAUCGAAAUUAGUGCAGUUCAUGGAGGCGGAGGUCGCAAAAAACGCGGGGUUCCCAUUGGGAAUAUAUGUGAGGGGAAGAAGGGCAUUGAUGCACAGAUUGAUGCGCCAGGGCUGAUCGAGCUUGCAUUGGACACUAUCGUGCCCAAGUUACAUGUUUUUGGUGGUGGAUUUCUCUGGCGGGUGAAUGAGUUUAUAGUGCGAGAUUCUGGAUGGGUGGAUCUCUCCAAUCACCCACGGUCGGUUGCUUACUUCUACGAUCAAUGUCAGCAGCCGUCCUGCAAGGGCUCAAAGACCACAACAUUCAAAUCAAAAAAUUUCACGCUAAUGGUCAUUGUUCCUGAGACUCAGUGGAUUGAAUACGAGAACUGGCGGGAAGACGCUGAAAUGAAUGCUGCUCGUAUCGGUCAAUGUGCUGCUCACAAAGUUAUCACCCCCCAAGUCCCCUCUUCAGUACAAUCCUCAGUGGACUUGGAGAGCGAGCUUGAUACAGUGCCAACCAAUCGUGCUGCUCGCAAAGUUAUCACCCCCCAAGUCCCCUCUUCAGUACGACCAUCAGUGGACUUGGAGAGUGAGCUUGAUACAGCACCAACCAAUGAUGGCACCACCACCUCUGACAACGUCCCAAGCAAUAUUUUGCCUACAACCACUGUCACUACCUCCACCAAGCGAUCCCAUCAACACACUCACAGCUCUGGCAGCUUUGAUAUUCCGUCUCCUCCUCGAAAGAGAGAUGUUGCACCUGCAGCUCUCUCAGGCUGUUCACCCGAUCAUGACCAACUGAAGGAAGUUUUGAGGAUUGGCGGAGGCACUAACUUAGACAUGAAGCAAGUCUUUGGACGACAGAGCGAGAGGAUCCACUUCUACCUAGUCCCUUCCCGCCCCAUAACAGACCUCUUACUGGACAAGUACCAUUCCUUUUCCGUGGACACUGCUGAGUGGUCCAUGGGUGAGCUGAUUGUCGAUACAUCACCUCAAGGCCUGAUUAAAGUCGGAGGCUUCAAAACUGCUCACACAGGAUGGCUCACGCUGAUGGCCCCGCCAAAGAAAGGCCCCGGUUCUGUUGCGCACGAUAAGAUUGUUGUUAAACGACCCUACCAUAAGGUAUUCGCGACACCCACCACCACGACGGGACCAUACAAGAUUGCCCGUUAUUCACUCGUUGAUGAAAUAUCCAGGCUCUUUAAGGAGGCCAACAUUUUGUACUGGGCGAAUUGUGUUGCAUCUUCAUCUGAACCACCCCCAUUCCCAAUUCCACGAGUUCGUUUUGUAGAAGAAAACCUGGAGGCAAGACUGGGUCCACACAUGCCUGUCUUUCUUCUUGAAGAGUUCAUUGACAGCGACGGAGAAGACUUCAUCAAAUUCAUUCACAAUAUGGAUGCCAACCCUUUGAUUGAUUAUGACGAGUACGGCUAUGACUUGGCGGUGUUCUUUUCAUUCAUGCAGCACAUACAAUAUGCCAGGACUGGUAAAUUGGCAUUUAUAUCUGAUUAUCAAGGGAGUACAACACUGCUAACAGACCCUCAAAUCCUGACACAUCCAUCCAUCAGUGAUGGCCACCUUGAUAUUUUCGGGGAUGGAAACAUCGAGACGACCGUGAGUCAGUUUGAGAAGGAGCAUAUUUGCAACAAGUACUGCAAAUGGCCAGCAUUUGGGCUAAAGGCUUAUGCGAGUGGGGAAGAAGAAGAUGGGCUAGAGGCUUGCGCAGAUGGAGAAGAUGGGCUUGAGGCUUAG